GUGUGUGCGCGUAAUUUAUUUUCGUUUUGACUUCUUCUGCUUCUACUCAUCUGCUCUUCCUCGCAGCAUCUUCUUCAGCGUGUGUUGACACGUGUUGAGAUUGAAGGCUCUAGGGCUGUUUUUUUACGUGUCUCGAUAGCCCCAACUUAGUCCACUUUCAACAUGCCGAAACCUGUCAAACAAGAGGGUGAUGACCCCGACCCAACCCCAUUCUUGUUUGUCUCACUGGAACAGAAGCGUAUCGACCAGACCAAGCCCUACGAUGCCAAGAAAUCUUGCUGGGUUCCAUGUGAGAAGGAUGGUUUCGUCCUUGGUGAAAUCAAGGGAACCAAGGGUGACCUCGUCACCGUCGGCGUUGGACCAGGAGAGGAAAAGAACUUCAAGAAGGAACUAGUUGCUCAGGUCAACCCUCCCAAAUACGAAAAAGCCGAAGAUAUGUCCAACUUGACAUAUCUCAACGACGCUUCAGUUUUGCACAACUUGAAGCAGAGAUAUUACCAUAAACUUAUCUACACCUAUUCUGGUCUCUUCUGCGUCGCCAUCAACCCCUACAAACGUUUCCCCGUCUACACCAACCGUUGCGCUAAGUUGUACCGUGGUAAGAGGCGUAAUGAAGUUCCACCCCACAUCUUCGCCAUUUCCGACGGCGCCUACGUCAACAUGUUGACCAAUCACGAAAAUCAAUCUAUGUUGAUUACUGGUGAGUCUGGUGCCGGAAAGACUGAAAACACGAAGAAGGUAAUUGCCUACUUCGCCACCGUCGGUGCUUCCAGCAAGAAACCAAGCGCUGAGGAGCAGAAGAAGGGUACCCUUGAAGAUCAAGUCGUCCAAACUAACCCGGUACUUGAAGCUUUCGGUAACGCUAAGACCGUGCGUAAUGACAACUCUUCCCGUUUCGGUAAAUUCAUCCGUAUUCAUUUCGGCCCAACUGGUAAACUUGCUGGUGCUGACAUCGAAACUUACUUGCUCGAGAAGGCUCGUGUCAUCUCCCAACAAACCCUUGAGAGAUCUUACCACAUCUUCUACCAGAUCAUGUCUGGAGCCGUACCCAACCUGAAGAAAAAUUGCUUGCUCUCCGACAACAUCCAGGAUUAUCAUUUCGUUGCUCAGGGCAAGACCACGAUUCCAAACGUUGAUGACGGUGAAGAAUGUACUCUCACUGAUCAAGCCUUCGAUGUACUUGGUUUCACUCAAGAAGAAAAGGAUGACAUUUACCGCAUCACCGCCGCUGUUAUGCACAUGGGUUGCAUGAAGUUCAAGCAGAGGGGUCGCGAAGAACAAGCUGAAGCUGAUGGCACUGAGGAAGGUGACAGGGUUGCUAAGCUUUUGGGUGUUGAGACUCAAGCCCUUUACACCGCCCUCGUCAAGCCCAGGAUUAAGGUCGGCAAUGAAUUCGUCGUCCAAGGCCGUAAUGUCAACCAAGUAUCAUACUCCGUUGGUGCUAUGUCCAAGGCCAUGUUCGACAGGGUCUUCAAGUUCUUGGUCAAGAAGUGUAACGAGACCCUCGACACCAAACAGAAGAGGCAACACUUCAUUGGUGUGCUGGAUAUUGCUGGUUUCGAAAUCUUCGACUUCAAUGGUUUCGAGCAACUUUGCAUCAACUUUACGAACGAAAAGUUGCAACAAUUCUUUAACCAUCACAUGUUCGUACUCGAACAAGAAGAGUACCAACGCGAAGGAAUCGAAUGGGCCUUCAUCGAUUUUGGCAUGGAUUUGUUAGCUUGUAUUGAACUUAUUGAGAAGCCCAUGGGUAUCUUGUCCAUCCUUGAAGAAGAAUCUAUGUUCCCCAAGGCCACUGACAGGACCUUCGAGGAGAAGUUGAACAACAACCACUUGGGCAAGUCCCCCAACUUCUUGAAGCCAAAACCACCAAAGCCAGGCUGCCAAGCCGCCCACUUCGCCAUCGGCCAUUAUGCUGGCAACGUACCAUACAACAUCACCGGCUGGUUGGAAAAGAACAAGGAUCCGUUGAACGACACCGUCGUCGACUUGUACAAGAAGGGUACCAACAAGCUCUUGCAAGAAAUCUUCUCUGACCAUCCAGGUCAAUCUGGUGCUCCUGGUGAUGCCGGCGGCAAAGGUGGUCGUGGUAAGAAGGGUGGUGGUUUCGCUACCGUAUCUUCUUCCUACAAGGAACAAUUGAACAACUUGAUGACCACUCUGAGGUCCACCCAACCUCAUUUCGUCCGUUGCAUCAUCCCCAACGAAUUGAAACAACCUGGUGUCAUCGACUCCCACUUGGUUAUGCAUCAACUCACCUGCAACGGUGUACUUGAAGGUAUCCGUAUUUGCCGUAAAGGUUUCCCCAACAGGAUGGUCUACCCAGACUUCAAGCUCCGUUACAAGAUCUUGAACCCAGCCGCCGUUGCCAAAGAAACCGACGAAAAGAAAUGCGCCCAGCACAUUUUGGAUAACACCGGUCUUGAUACCGAAAAUUACCGCUUGGGUCACACCAAGGUCUUCUUCCGUGCUGGUGUCUUGGGUCAAAUGGAAGAAUUGCGUGACGACCGUCUCAGCAAGAUCGUCACCUGGAUGCAAUCUUGGGUCAGGGGUUACCUGUCCAGGAAGGAAUUCAAGAAGCUGCAAGAACAACGUUUGGCCCUCCAAGUGUGCCAAAGGAACUUGCGCAAAUACCUCAAGCUCCGCACCUGGCCAUGGUACAAGCUCUGGCAGAAGGUCAAGCCCCUCCUCAACGUCACCCGCGUCGAGGAUGAGAUCGCCAAAUUGGAAGAGAAGGCCGCUAAGGCUACCGAAGCCCUCGAGCGCGAAACCAAAGCCAAGAAGGAACUUGAAGGACUUUACGCCAAAUUGUUGGCUGAGAAGACUGACCUUUUGGGUGCUCUUGAAGGCGAGAAGGGAUCCCUCUCUGAAUUCCAAGAGAAGUCUGCCAAGCUCGCUGCCCAGAAGAGCGAUCUUGAGUCUCAAUUGCAAGAAACCCAAGACCGUCUCAGCCAAGAGGAAGAUUCCCGCAACCAACUUUUCCAACAAAAGAAGAAGUUGGAGCAAGAAAUCUCUGGAUUCAAGAAGGACAUCGAAGACUUGGAAUUGAACUUCCAAAAGUCCGAGCAAGACAAGGCCACCAAGGACCACCAAAUCAGGAACUUGAACGACGAGAUCGCCCACCAGGAUGAACUCAUCAACAAGCUCAAUAAGGAGAAGAAGAUGUCUGGUGAGAACAACCAGAAGGUAUCCGAAGAACUUCAAGCCGCCGAAGACAAGGUCAACCACUUGAACAAGGUUAAGGCCAAGUUGGAACAGACUUUGGAUGAAUUGGAAGACUCUCUUGAACGCGAGAAGAAACUCCGCGGAGAUGUUGAGAAGUCCAAGAGGAAGGUCGAGGGUGACCUUAAGUUGACCCAAGAAGCCGUCGCUGACUUGGAACGCAACAAGAAGGAACUCGAACAGACCAUCCAACGCAAGGACAAGGAGAUCUCCUCCCUGACUGCCAAGCUUGAAGAUGAACAAUCCGUCGUCGGCAAGCUCCAGAAGCAAAUCAAGGAAUUGCAAGCCCGCAUCGAAGAGCUCGAGGAAGAAGUCGAGGCUGAACGCCAAGCCCGCGCUAAGGCUGAGAAGCAACGCGCCGACCUUUCCCGCGAACUCGAGGAAUUGGGUGAGCGUCUCGAGGAAGCCGGUGGUGCCACCUCCGCCCAAAUCGAACUCAACAAGAAGCGCGAAUCCGAGCUGGCCAAGCUCCGUCGCGACUUGGAGGAAUCCAACAUCCAACAUGAAGGUACCCUCGCCAACCUCCGCAAGAAGCACAACGAUGCCGUCUCCGAGAUGGGAGAACAAAUCGACCAACUCAACAAGCUCAAGGCUAAGGCUGAAAAAGAUAAGGCUCAAUACUUUGGUGAACUCAACGAUAUGCGCGCUUCCGUCGACCAUUUGGCUAACGAAAAGGCCUCCUGCGAAAAGAUCUCCAAACAAUUGCAACAACAACUCAACGACGUCCAAGGCAAACUCGACGAAACCAACCGCACUCUCAACGACUUUGAUGCCGCCAAGAAGAAGCUGUCCAUCGAGAACUCCGACCUUCUCCGUCAAUUGGAGGAAGCCGAAUCCCAGGUUAACCAACUCAGCAAGAUCAAGGUAUCCCUCACCACCCAAUUGGAAGAUACCAAGAGGUUGGCUGAUGAAGAAGGCCGCGAACGCGCUACCCUUCUCGGCAAGUUCCGCAACUUGGAACACGACUUGGACAACAUCCGUGAACAAGUUGAAGAGGAAGCCGAAGCUAAGGCUGACAUCCAACGUCAACUCAGCAAGGCCAACGCCGAAUCCCAAUUGUGGCGCUCCAAGUACGAAUCCGAGGGAGUCGCUCGCUCUGAGGAAUUGGAAGAAUCCAAGAGGAAGCUCCAAGCCCGUCUCGCCGAGGCUGAAGAGACCAUCGAGUCCCUCAACCAGAAGGUUGUAGCCCUCGAGAAGACCAAGCAACGUCUUGCCACCGAAGUCGAAGAUCUCCAACUCGAGGUCGACCGUGCCACCGCUAUUGCCAACGCCGCCGAGAAGAAACAGAAGGCCUUCGACAAGAUCAUUGGCGAAUGGAAGCUCAAGGUUGAUGACCUUGCUGCUGAACUUGAUGCCAGCCAAAAGGAAUGCCGCAACUACUCCACCGAAUUGUUCAGGCUUAAGGGAGCUUACGAGGAAGGCCAAGAGCAAUUGGAAGCCGUCCGUCGUGAGAACAAGAACUUAGCCGAUGAAGUCAAGGACUUGCUCGACCAAAUUGGUGAAGGUGGCCGCAACAUCCACGAAAUCGAAAAGGCCAGGAAGCGUUUGGAAGCCGAGAAGGACGAACUCCAAGCCGCCCUUGAGGAAGCCGAAGCUGCUCUUGAACAAGAGGAGAACAAGGUCCUCCGCAGCCAAUUGGAACUUUCCCAAGUUCGCCAAGAAAUUGACCGUCGCAUCCAAGAGAAGGAAGAAGAAUUCGAAAACACCCGCAAGAACCACCAACGUGCCCUGGACUCCAUGCAAGCCUCCCUCGAGGCCGAAGCCAAGGGUAAGGCUGAAGCUCUCCGCAUGAAGAAGAAGUUGGAAGCUGACAUCAACGAGCUUGAAAUCGCUUUGGACCACGCUAACAAGGCUAAUGCCGAGGCCCAGAAGACCAUCAAGCGCUACCAACAACAACUUAAGGACACCCAGACCGCUUUGGAAGAGGAACAACGUGCCCGUGACGAAGCCCGUGAAGCCCUUGGCAUCUCUGAACGUCGCGCUAACGCUCUCCAGAACGAACUUGAGGAAUCUCGCACCCUUUUGGAACAAGCCGACCGUGCCCGUCGCCAAGCCGAACAAGAGUUGGGAGAUGCUCACGAGCAACUCAACGACCUUUCCGCCCAAAACAGCUCCAUCUCAGCUGCCAAGAGGAAACUCGAGGCUGAACUCCAAACCCUUCACUCCGAUCUUGAUGAGCUCCUGAACGAAGCCAAGAACUCCGAAGAGAAGGCCAAGAAGGCCAUGGUUGACGCUGCCCGUCUCGCUGAUGAGCUCCGCGCCGAACAAGACCACGCCCAAACCCAGGAGAAACUCCGCAAGGCCCUCGAGACCCAGAUCAAGGACCUCCAAGUCCGUCUCGACGAAGCCGAGGCUAACGCUCUUAAGGGUGGCAAGAAGGCCAUCGCCAAGUUGGAACAACGCGUCAGGGAACUCGAAAACGAGUUGGACGGUGAACAAAGGAGACACGCCGAUGCCCAGAAGAACCUCAGGAAAUCCGAGCGCCGUAUCAAGGAGCUCAGCUUCCAAGCCGAGGAGGACCGCAAGAACCACGAACGCAUGCAAGAUCUUGUAGACAAACUCCAACAGAAGAUCAAGACCUACAAGAGGCAGAUCGAGGAGGCCGAAGAGAUCGCCGCCCUCAAUCUCGCCAAAUUCCGCAAGGCCCAACAAGAACUUGAGGAAGCCGAAGAACGCGCCGACCUCGCCGAGCAGGCCAUCACUAAGUUCCGUGCGAAGGGACGUGCCGGUUCCCAAGCCAGGGGUGCCAGCCCAGCGCCAAGAUCACGCCCACACAUGGACGGUAUGACCUUCCCACCAAGGUUCGAUCUUGCCCCCGAAAUGGACAUGUAAACAACGAAAACCACAACAACUAGCGCUGUGUUUUUAAAAUACUAUUAAAACUUAUUAUAUUUAAUUAAUUAUUAUUUUUUAAUUAUUAUUUUAAUUAUUUAUUUUAAUUUACUUUUCUUUUUUCGUUGAACGAGGGAAAAGCGCCGCAACAUCGGCACAAAUAUCACCUAAAAAUUCAUUUUUUCUUGUUCCAAUGUCAUCAUUUUCUUUUUCUUUUGUUUUAAAAAUGAACAAAUUCCGACUUGCCAACUUUUCUUUUCCAUGAAAAACAAACUUAAAAUCCAGAAUACUGGAAUUUUGCACCGAGAGGACGUCGAACUCGGAGCACUACUAGGGUUUAUAAGAGACACGUACACAACACCUAAGAAAAAAAUCAGCCCUACUUUUGCUCUCGUCGAUAUCCUUUCGACCUAAUCCACACAAACAUAAAAAAAACUCACACAGACCAACCAAACAAACAUGCAAAUAAAAAUACAAAGAGAAAAGAAAAAUUGUGUGAAGGCCAUUUCUAAUUUAAUCUUACUUACUAGGAUUAUGUUUUAGUAAUAUGUGUGACAAAAUGUAUGGCUUAAGGUUCCAAUAAAUGAAAAAUCAUAUUA